CUCUUGCUGGGUGUUGGUCUCUCGCCUUCGUCCAACUUCGCUUGUAAUAUUUGGUUAUCCUUUUUUAAUAAAAAACAGACUAAAUUUCCGAUCGUGAAAAAGAAAAGUCAUGACUGAAAGUAUUGUUCGCUGAUUUAUUAUGAAAGAAAAACAUUUUUGAUUAGCAGAAAAAAUACAGAUCUUAUAACACAUGAUACUUGAUGCGAACUUGCAUUCGUGUACCUGCAGACUGCUGCUGCCGCUCUCAGUCCUUCUCCUUCCUUAUUAUAAACCGCCCACUGGCCUGGUAGUGGUUGGUGCUCUCCGGCAGUUCUGCUCCUCUGCACGGCCUCUCUCGCCUCCGGUAUCCACCUCUCCUUCCUUCCUUCACAUCGAGCCGCGAUAUAUAAUAAGUAGCUAGCCGGCCGGAGACGACGACGAUGGCCCUCGCUCCAGCGAGCUCCGGCAAAGAGCCCGUGAUCAGCCCGCCGGAGGUGGAGAUGAACGGCGGCGCUGACCAGCCCGCCGCCACAACCGUGCGUGCCUCCGUCGUGCAGGCGUCGUCCGUGUUCUACGACACCCCCGCCACUCUCGAUAAAGCGGAGAAAUUCAUAGCGGAGGCAGCCGGAAACGGUUCACAGCUGGUGCUAUUUCCAGAAGCCUUCAUUGGUGGCUACCCUCAUGGAUCUACAUUUGGACUGGCUAUUGGCAAUCGCACUGCCAAGGGAAAGGAAGACUUCCAAAAGUACCAUGCAGCUGCCAUAGAUGUUCCUGGCCCAGAAGUGUCCCGCUUAGCUUCAUUAGCCGGAAAAUACAAGGUGUUUCUGGUGAUGGGGGUGGUUGAAAGGGCAGGCUAUACACUCUACAACACGGCGCUCUUCUUCGAUCCUCUGGGAAAAUUUCUAGGGAAGCACCGCAAGCUCGUGCCUACUGCACUGGAACGUACAUUCUGGGGUUUUGGAGAUGGAUCUACGCUGCCCGUCUUUGAUACCCCGUUGGGAAAAAUCGGUGCCCUCCUCUGCUGGGAAAACAAGAUGCCACUUGCCAGGACAGCCAUGUACGCCAAAGGUAUGUAUGUAUCCCUAGCUAGCUAUUUCAUGGCCGGAAGUAGCUCCUGGUGCUUAAGUACCUAUGUAUUCCAACACUGUUCUUGCACAGUGUCUCAUGCUGAAACCUCCUCUGUGUGUGUUUGUGCAGGGAUUCAGAUAUAUUGUGCUCCCACAGCUGAUGCGUCCCCAACUUGGGUGGCUUCCAUGACGCAUAUCGCCCUCGAAGGGGGAUGCUUCGUGGUGUCGGCAAACCAGUUCUGUCGCAGGAAGGACUACCCACCCCCUCCGGAGUAUACAUUCGGUGGCCUCGACGAAGAGCCAUCCCCGGAGACUGUUGUGUGUCCUGGAGGAAGUGUCAUCGUUUCACCGUCCGGGACAGUGUUGGCAGGCCCCAACUUCGAGGGUGAGGGCCUCGUUACAGCUGACCUCGACCUUGGAGAGAUUGUUCGAGCCAAGUUUGAUUUCGACGUGGUGGGGCACUACUCGCGACGUGAGGUGCUGAGUUUGGUGGUGAAGACUGAUCCAAAGUCUGCUGUCUCUUUCACUGCUUCAGCCGAUGGAGAGAGGCCGGCUUCCGCUGGGAAGAAGCGCGACGACUCUGUGUACAAAUAAUGGCCACGUAUCUGUAAUCUUUCCUUAUACGCCAAUUGCAAGUUUGCCACUACUACAUCGCAACUAUUGCGGGCUUUUCCUGUACGUCUCUGAAUAAUAAACUGUUUAUGUACACAACAGUCGAUGUAUAUUAUCCUACAGAUAUGAGAUCGAUCUCUUGGUUGAUGGAAUCGUACGUGUCAGUUUGUGGCUA